UUAUCUCUCUGAGUUUUUAUUCCUGCCUCCCUACACCUUCUUUACUAUUAGUUUGAAGUUACUGGAACAUUUUUAUAGAAAAAAACAUUAAUGUGUUUGUGCUACUUAAUGUAGUCUAAUGCACAAUGCCUUCUAAUUACCGCAACUUCCGAAGCAGUGUGCCAUGGCUAAUCCUUUUUCUGGAAGCUGUUUUCAUCAUCCUCUUUUACUUGUUCUCAGAUGACAAUUAUGCAUACAAAUCAGCCUUCUACCCAGCUUUUCAAGAUGUCAACUACAUGGUGAUUUUUGGAUUUGGCUUUUUCCUGACGUUUCUGAAAAGAUACGGGUUUAGCAGCACUGGAUUCAACCUCCUGAUCGUUGUACUUGGUGUUCAAUACUCCGUGCUCAUAGAAGAGUUACUAGUUUUCCUUCCUCAAAGGAAAGAGAAAAAUGGUCUGGAAAGAAUAACAAGGGCUGUUCUGAGUUCGACUGCUGUGGUCAUCUCCACUGGAGCUGUUCUUGGAAAAACUAAUCCUGUGCAAUUAAUUCUGAUGACAAUUGUGGAGAUAAUAGUUUUCUAUUUGAGCAGAUGGAUCAACAUCAGAUUCCUGCAGGUUCCAGACAUUAUCGGCAUGAUGCAUGUUCACCUGUUUGGAGCCUACUUUGGUCUGGCAGUCUCCUCACGUUUCUCUGAGCCACCACCAAGGUCUGAGAAGAAUGCGAGUACCCCGAAGUCGGAUUUAUUGUCAAUGUUGGGUACUCUCUUUCUCUGGGUGUUCUGGCCAAGCUUCAAUUCUGUCCUGACUAUGAGCAACAAGAACAAAGCAAUCUACAACACCUACUUUGCCCUUGCAGUGAGUGCUGUAACUGCCUUCAUGUUGUCUGCUCUGACCACAAAGGAUGGAAAAUUCAGAAUGACUCAUAUCCACAGUGCAGUACUAGCUGGUGGGGUCACUGUUGGUUACGCAGCACACAGUAUCAAGUAUCCUUGGAUUGCAAUGAUUUUGGGUCUCCUUGCCAGUGUGGUAACCAUAUUAGGAUCUUACUGUUUACAGAGAUGCUUGAAUCCUGCUCUCAAGAUUCAUGAUACCUCUGGAGUUCAUUUCACUUUUGGCUUGCCUGGUGUGCUUGGAGUUCUUACCGAGGUUGUUCUUGUCAUAACAGAAAACUGGACUAAUUUACCAGGACUGGGUUAUUGGAUCAUGAGGGAUAUUGGUGCCUACUGCCUCACCAUCAGUGUUGCCUUGAUAACAGGUUUUAUUACAGGUUUCAUUUUAAACCUCAGACUGUUUAAGAACACCCCUGUAUCAAAGUAUUUUGAAGACCAGCUUUAUUGGGAGUUUCCCCAUUUGGCUGUUGGAUUUUGAAUGGAGGAACCCAGAUGACAGAUUUGACCAAGAUAAGAUUUUCCUAUUUGUCACUAGAGAAAAUGAAUAGCUACGAGGGGUGUUGAAAGAGCACUUACCUACCAAUUCUCAGGCUCAAAAAAGCCAUCCCAAUUGACACACCAAAAAUUAGUAAUAAACUGUUCUAGUUAUUCUUGAAAAAUACAGGGUGCAAACUUAUAGAUGCAAACUUAUGACACAUUUAGCUUUUCUGCUGCUUUGUUGGUCCCAUCUUAAAUAUCUUUUUGUAGGUUAUGUACAAAAAAGUUGGCUGCAUUCAUUGCUGUAAUGGCUUAUCAAAGUGCUUGGAAACUAUUUUUAGACCCCGAGUUUGAAAGCCAAAAUAUGUAUUUUAAAGCGUAAUUUUUCAAGGAAUACAUCCUCAUUCUUACCUAGCGAAGCAUUCAAGUACUUGUUUUUAAGCUGAAUUAAUUCUGUUGAAGGCUUUGUUAAGCCAGGAUUUGAGUAAGCUGGAUCAGGGCCAGAACUCCGCAUCUUCCCUGACUGAACUCUUUGAGUUAUCUGACUGCUUAAAGAAAAAUCAGUAAUUACUUGGCUCAGGCUAGCUAUCUCUAAGUUCAAAGAGCAAGAAGUUAAAUUUUUCUGCUUGUGGACAGUGCCUCUGCGAUCAGUGGUAUUCACUCACACUCAAGAUUUGGCAGCAAACCUCAGGACAGGCUGUCUGCACCACCCCAAGGUCAGCUGCCCAGGAGGCUAGGGCUGCCCUGAAGGUGUGGACAACCGGAGAGACUGAGAGAACAGCCCGCAGUCCCAGGGCUAAGACCCCAUUUCUUAAGUGUCUUACGCUGAGCUGUUUUACUCUGAGACAAGCAGGGGGCUUUGGUGUAUGAGCUGGGGCCCAAUCAGGCAGAGGAUUCUGUGCAAGUGAACCUUUGUUUUUAAAUGGAUAGCGAUUGUCCAUGUUUCUUCUUUGUUUUAAACUAGUUGACAUAGAAAAACUCUUUCAAAAAUGCUUACCUAAUAAAAAAGUUAAAAUUUGAUUGUUUUUAUUUAUUCAGCACACUUGCUUAAAAAUGAAGUAAUGAGGAAAAAUGCAAUAUGGAAGAUGAGGCAUGAGUUCUUUGAUGCUCACUGCAGUAAUGCAUGCUGACCUCAAUUCAUUCAUUAGGGAUUAAGAAAAAAUAGAUCACUACAGUUAAAAGAAGUGUGAGACAGGUUUCAAGUAAUGAAAAAUAACCGGUGAAGGAAGGGCCAGUGUUCCUUUUUUCCAGGUCACAAAAGAGCCAGCAAUCUUCUGAGUUUAUCAGCUGCUCCCAGCUUCCACCAGCUGAGGGUGACAUUGAGCCUGGACACACUUACACAGGCACCUUAUCUCACGUUAACAUGCUACUACUGGUCUAACAGUGUAAUCCAGGCUCACCUUGUGUUCUUCACUUUAACUUAACUUCACUUUACCAGGAACAAACCAAACAUAACUUCUGCAAAACAAGGGCUCUUUUCUAGCAGGAGGGCUUUUAAAGAAGAGUAUUUUAUUCCCUUGCUUUCCCCCACAUCUCUUUUAUCAUUGAUUUAUUGUGCAACUAGCUUAGGUGAAUGCAUAGGAAGGGGCAGAUAAACGAUCAAAAUUCUCCCUGGUCUGAGGAGUACUCUUUGCUAAAGAGAGAACUCUGAUCGGAAGAGUACUCUUCCUUUUUUCUACAGUGGUUAGAAACUACUUGGCAGCAAGCUUUGUGGAUGAGCUACUUCCAUCUAAAGCCACUAAAUAAUUUGUACUUGUGCCUGUACAAUGUCAUCCACAGCAACAGUAAGUUGUUACUCACCAGAGAUUUCCUCAUGAGUCCCAUAGGGUAAAUUAAAUAUUCAGGGAGGGGGAUGGAAUGCCAAACCAGUGCAGUUCUAUAUUGUGCAAGAAAAGCCAAACCCCAUUAAGUUUUGAAACUGAAGAAACAGUUAUAUUGUCCAGAUAUAGGAAAUAUUUAAUAAAUAUAUGUUAAAAAGUUAUUUUAAAGCAUUUUUAGUAAGUCUUGGAUUGUAAAUAAUAUCAUAGAAACAAGCUGGUUAAAUACAUCCAUUUUCCACUAUACUAUUUACUGGUAGCAAACGUAUCAUAAAAGUGACUGCCAUUGUUACUUGUAGCAUUUUACAUUCGUCAGAAACAUUACAACAUUUAAAUCAACAUACAAGAGUAAAAAAAUUAAACAGAAUAGAACCAGAAUUUUGAGUACUAUGAUUUAAGUUUUCCUUCUUUUAGACACAAUUGAGGGUCACUGUUUACAAAACGGUUUUACAAAAUUUUCAGAGUGUGCAGUUAAAAAACUAGCAUGGCCAGUGUACUUCCACCGGCAUGUUCAUUGCCACAAAUCUUCCGUGCGACCAAAUUUGAAGACCAGUCCUC